AUGUCUCCGCACAGCAAUGCCGACACGCCCACACCUCCCCCGAUGGGGAAGCGAACCGUGGAAGGCACGCAUCUGAUGCAUCGGUCACUCAAGGUCGAACCCGCCAUGGUCGAGUCCGCCAAGGGUCUUGAGCUACAUCUCUCCAAUGGACGCACCGUACUGGAUGCGUGCGGCGGCGCGGCCGUGGCCAUCAUCGGCCAUGGCAACGAAGAAGUGACCCAGGCCAUGAUUCGCCAAGCCGGCAAAGUCAGCUACGUGCACACGCAAGCAUACACUACACCGGCAGCCGAGGAUCUGGCCAAUUUCAUGCUCGAAGGAAGCCCGCACGGGCUGGAAAAGGCCUUCUUCGUCUCCAGCGGCAGCGAAGCCGUUGAGUCGGCGCUCAAGUUGGCGCGGCAGUACUUUUUCGAAAAGGGCGAGACGGAUCGCGUACACUUUGUCUCUCGCAAGCAGAGCUACCAUGGGAAUACCAUGGGGUCGCUCUCUGUUUCUUCGAACCUGGCCCGCAAGGUACCAUACCAAGAUUUCGGAUAUCAACACGUGUCGCAUGUUUCGCCCGCCUACGCUUAUCGGUAUAAGCGAGACGAGGAAACCAUGGCCGACUUUACUGCCCGUCUUCUGGAAGAGCUUGAAAACGAGUUCCUGAAAGUCGGACCCUCCAGAGUCAUUGCCUUUGUUGCCGAAUCCGUUGGCGGUGCCACUGCAGGAUGUGUACCGCCGCCACCGGGGUACCUUCGCGGCGUUCGGGCCGUGUGCGAUCGGUACGGCAUUCUUCUGAUCCUGGAUGAGAUUAUGUGCGGCACGGGCCGCUGCGGAACGUAUUUCGCCUUUGAGCAAGACGACGUCGUACCCGAUCUUGUGACGGUGGCCAAGGGCCUCGGUGGCGGCUACUGCUCGAUUGCCGCCGUUCUUGCUCACAAGAGAGUCGUGGACGUUCUCCGGCGCGGAACGAGCUCGUUCAACCACGGGCACACCUACCAGGCACACCCAAUCGCAUGCGCGACCGCACUGGCGGUGCAGCAGAUUGUGCGCCGAGAUGGCCUCGUGGCGCGAUGCGCCGCCAUGGGCAAGCUCCUCGAGGCGAAGCUGCGCGCGGAGCUCGGCGCGUGCCCUUCGGUCGGCGACAUUCGGGGCCGCGGCCUUUUCUGGGCGGUGGAGUUUGUCAAGGAUAAAACGAGCAAGGAAACAUUUGAUCCUCGCAUCAAAUUCGGCAUCAAGGUUCAGCAGACGGCGUUCGAGGCUGGCGUGGCCGUUUAUCCUGGCUGGACAACCGUGGAUGGCAAGAGAGGUGAUCAUAUCUUGCUAGCACCGCCGUUUACCGUGACGGAGGACGAGUUGGAUACCAUUAUAGGCGUGGUGAAGGCUGCGAUAACGGUUCAGGAACAGGUGUACAUUCAAGGUCCUCUGGCGACUUCUUUCAUCACCCGAGCUCGGCUCGUCGCGACCAACGCCGACGACCCACCCAUGGCCGGCUUCGGAAAAGACUACAAAACCCUUUCCCGAGAAGCGACAUCCAUUCCCGAGUGCAACUCACAUUAUCAUUUCCGACGUAUCUCAUACUAUGUUGUCGCUAUAAGCCGAUUGGCCGUCGUUUUGCCAUGCGUACCAGCUUAUCCUGCGACAAUUGCCGGUGAGUGCCGCAUCCUUUGUCCCCAAUCGCAGGCGCUGAGUGAGCCCAGGGCGUCCAAGGUCAAGUGCCUUCACACAGGAACGCCGCCAUGCCAACGAUGCCGCCGGUCAAACUUGGACGGCUGUGCACUCAUGCUCCCGAGGACGCCGGUCGGAAAAUUGAAGCGCAAGAGAACGCAGCAGAGCACACCUUCUGAUGUCCAGAGCGAAGUAACCUGGACCAACACCCCGCAGCAGCGCGAGGCGCCCGUUUUGCAGAGCACAAGUAAUAGAGGCUUUUCUGGUAGUCUUCAGAGACGAAGGAGCUCAUCUGUCCAUGACUCAACGGGCCCCUACGAUAAAGAGUCUGUGCAGAGUCACAUCUCCCGCUUGCCGGCGGGCACGGUGAUGAAGUGUCUCAACAUCUUUACGAACAAGUUUCCCGAGCUGGCUAUUCUGCACCUGCCCAGCUUCAUUGCAGAGCUCCGCUCGCGCGGCUCCAAAGAAGCAACCUGCCUCUUGAGCGCAGUCUUGGCAGUGACGCGCUCUCAACCUAGCGUCCUGCAUGCGUCCUGGGGAGAAGACCUCCUGCAACGCGAGCACUAUGCCCUGUACGCCAAGGAUCUCUUGAAGGAUCUCAUCUUGCAGCCGCCCAACAUACAGGUGGUGCAAGCCCUGCUCAUUGUUACUCUUCAUGAAUGGGGCACGAGAGAUUUCCACAAAGCGUGGGUCUAUUGUGGCGUCGCUGUCCGAAUAAUGCAAGCGCUGCACAGCCUUAGGGUCGCGCCAUAUCCUUUGGAUUUGACCUCUGAAAGGAAAACCGACGCCACCUCCGUGGCCAUUGAGACACGCACCUACUGGGCGUGCUUCAUCAUGGACUGCAUGGUCAACUCGGGCACUUACAAUCCACCGAUGAUACCAAUGUCGGAGAUGAUCAAGCUCAAGAUUCCCCGACCUGUUGGUGUUGUCGAAUUUGCCUUUGGCCCAGAUCCGUCCUGCCGAGGGCCGCGCAGCGACGAGUCCUACGCCAACCAUACCACGGGGAUUCUCGACAUCACGCAGGGCUUUGAGAUUCUGGUCGCUGGGUUCGACAUCUGGACACAGCUGAUGGCAUUCAUCUUUCAGGAUGGCCGGCGAGCGCCGGGCAUGUGUGCCCCUCUAAAUUGCCCAUGGGUGCCUGGGUCGCCGUGGUUUGUCACGCGCGACCAGCUGGAGAACUGGAGGGCAAAUCAGCAUCGCAAGCUCUAUUAUCCGAACAACUCGGUCGCUGUGCACAUGACCCUUGGAUAUGGUGAGACGUUUGCGUAUCUGAAUCUAUUAUAUUAUGUCAGCACCUUGAUGCUCCAUCGAGAGUAUUUCCCUUUCCUACCGACGCUCGAGUCCACGCCACAAGGCCCUGUUGAUCAUCCCAUGCUCGAGGCGACCGCCCCGGACGGGUGGUGGGAUGAAAGUGCUCGGAUCUUGUUCGGCGCGGCGGAGAACCUGGCAAAGAUUCUCCACGAAUCCUCCGAGUGCGGCGUGCAUCUAAUGACGCCGUUUGCCGGCUUCUGUGCCUUUUCGGCCGGCUACCUGAACCUAUACGUCUACCAUUUUCCGCGGAUGAAUCUAGGCCGGAGCCCGCAAGCAAAGGCGUGCAUGGACAUGUGCCUCGACUACCUCUACGAGUUUCGAAAAAUCUGGACCAUUGCCGACGGAUGGAUCAAAACUAUUCAGCACGCCUCGCUCUUGUACUCCCGCGCCGUGGAGAAUCGGUCGCGAUACCAAGGCAGAACGAGAACCGACUUUGACGUGCUGCAUCAGUCGAUUCACGAGUUCCGCGGCAUCGACCGAUCGGAUCAGCAUACCCAAGAGAUUGAUGAAGCAGAUAUAUCCAGACAUUCAGAGGCUCAGAGGCAAUCGAUCCACGGAAUCGUACCAGAGGUCGAUACGAAUACGCUUCUGACACAGCUGUUAGCAGAAGUGAGCAGCAAUCUAGAUGAGCAAGCCGAAGAAGUGUCUUUACCCGCCACAAAUUAG